UGUUGUAACAAAGUUUCCUCCGCGGCGCCGCUCCCGCGCCCGCCGCCCCGCGCCGCCGCCGGCCCCCGCCCCGCCUCCCCCCCCGGGGGCCGCGCCGGGGGGGGCCGCCCCCCCCCCCCCCUCCCCGGCGCCCAUGGAGCACCAGUCCAUCAUCGCCCAGGUUAGCAGGGAGGAGGGGAGCGCCCCGCUUCAGGAGAAAGGUACCCAGACCCCUGCCAAGAAGCCUCGGAGCCGCAGCAUUCUCCAGUCCCUCUUCUGCUGCCUGUGCCGCGAUGAGGGUGAGCCCUGCACCGGCACCACCGGCGCGCCGCUGCUGGUGGAGGAGAACGGGGCACUGCCCAAGGCCGCUGUCAAGCACCUGCUGCCCGAGAUCAAGCCGCAGGACGCCAGCAAGCUCUGCGUGGUCAUCGACCUGGAUGAGACCCUGGUGCACAGCUCCUUCAAGCCAGUGAACAACGCCGACUUCAUCAUUCCUGUGGAGAUCGAUGGCAUCAUGCACCAGGUGUACGUGCUCAAGCGGCCACACGUGGACGAGUUCCUGCAGCGCAUGGGCGAGCUCUUUGAGUGCGUGCUCUUCACUGCCAGCCUGGCCAAGUAUGCAGACCCCGUGGCUGAUCUGCUGGAUAAAUGGGGGGCUUUCCGGGCACGGCUUUUCCGGGAAUCCUGUGUUUUCCAUCGCGGCAACUACGUGAAGGACCUGAGCCGCCUGGGCCGCGACCUGCGCCGAAUCAUCAUCGUGGACAACUCGCCCGCGUCCUACAUCUUCCACCCGGAUAACGCCGUGCCGGUGGCCUCCUGGUUCGAUAACAUGGCGGACACAGAGCUGCUGGACCUGCUGCCCUUCUUCGAGAGGCUCAGCAAGGUGGAGGAUGUGUACGCAGUGCUCAAGAAGCAGCGGACUAACAGCUAAUGGCCCCCCCACGCUCCGGGCGCUGCCAAGGGGCACCCCCGGGGGAGGCAGGUGCCUUAUUUUGGGGGAGGGAGGGUCCCGGUGUGCCCCCCAUCAUCCUCCCCAGCCCCGGCGGGUGCGGGUGCCCUCCGUGCCUGCCGCUGGUGGGAGAUGUGGGUGUCCCCCUUCUCAGAGAAGGGGGGCCAUGGGUGACCCACUGCCUUGCUGUGCUGAGGACCUACUGGGGGGUCCCAUCCUCCCCCACUGUCCAGCUCUGGCCCCUUUCCCCCCAGCCUGUGCCCCCCUCCACGAAACGGUUCUCAGGUCCUUUUCCCCUCUGUCCCCCGAUUGGGGAGGGGGGUGGGGUCAGCAGCUGCUGCUUUCCACUGCCUUUGGGAGGACUGGAUCCCUCCAUCCUGACUCUGCCUGCUGGGAGGCUGGCAGCCCUUGGCCCCUGUCUGCCGAGGCUACAGGACAGGUAACACCUUGUCACCCUCCAAAAACGCAGGGAGUCUUUCUGCCCUUGGUGCAUAGGGCUGCCACCGUACCCUUAACUGUGCCCUGGGUGCAGCUGAUCACCUCGAGGGGAUCAUGUCCUUGCCUCUCCUCAUGCCUGCUGCCCCACCUGGGGGUUGUGUUUUGCAGGGGCAGCCCAGCCUCAGGGCUGAGCCCCUGGGCACAAAUGCCUCCCACGUGCCUUGAGACACCGUGUCUCUGUUCCCCCUUAGCCCUGCAAGGGGUGUGCCUGGUGGGGGGGCUCUUUACUUCGGUUUCUUGUCAUUUUUGGGGGGGAGGUGGCCUCCCCCCCUCUCCAGUCACACUGUGUCACUGGGAGCCACUCUGGUCACCCACAGAAGGGUCCCCUCCCGUGGCGGGGGGCGCACCCCCCACUCCAUAUCCAUCUGCAGCUUCACCAAAGGCUGCAAGUCUGGAGAGAGGGACCCCAUACCAGCCUUAAUGUGCCCCUCCCAGCCUUUCCCCAGCCCCAGUCCCCAGCUGGGAGGGGGCGGGGGACACUGCAGCCCCCCCGUAGCCUGGGGUUGCCCUGACCCCCGUGGGGUUGGACUUGUGCCAGGGUGUCCCCCGGCUUUGAGGGUCUGGGGGCUCUCAGGGAGGGUUUUCCUGGGGAGGCUGAGCUCAGCCAGGCCUUUUUUAAUGUCACAAUAUGGACAAUGCCUCAUAUCUUUUUAGAGGGAAAAGCAAUGGUUUCCCAAAAAAUCAUGGGUGCCUUUUUACCGCAGUGCCAGCGCAGGGAGCGGGGCAGUGUUUGGGGGGUGGGUGUGAUGCGUUUUAGCUUUCUGGUGCUGUUCACUGCCCUGCUCCCACUGCUGGGGCUGAGCAGGGGCCCCCAGCCCCAGCCACAGCCCCUGCCCUGUGGUGGGGGCUGGUGCAGCACAGCUCCCUGGAUCCCUGCCAGCCCCGGGCUCAUCCUGCCCUGCCAGGAGGCUUGGACUCAGCACUUUAUGUUAGACAAGUCAAAGGGCGCCAGCACAGCCGCUGCCCAGCGAGUGCCUGUGGGUGUACAGCCCUGCCCUGGGCAUCCUUGGGAGGCCUGGGGGAUGCAGAGGCAGCGUGGGGGGCUGGGGAGGGCUGGGGUACCAGAUCCAAGUGCCUUCAUGUGAUUAAAGCUGUCAAACCAUCUUGGAAAGAGUAGUCCUGAGUGUGUGCAUGUAUGGAUACAUAUCACGUGCGUGUCACUAGAGGCUGUGCUCAGUGUGGGGACACGGAGCCCCUGGGAUCCCCUGAGCCCCUGGGAGGGGGGGAUGCUGCAGGUCAGUGCUGGGGGAGCACCCUCGGGCUGCAGGGUUGAGGUGCCACCCCUUGCCUGGUGCCAAGGGGACACCCUCACGCUGGAGGACAGCCCCCCCAGGCUGCCCUGGCACCUCCAUCCAAACUCCUUCCCUGUCCUCCUGGGAAAAAGCCCCUGGUGCCACAGGGAUGGCUAUCCUGCCCCUUAACAAGGAGGGGUAAAUUUACCAAUUUACCACAUGGGCUGUGCCCUCCUCCCAGCUCUGAGAGACCUCAGUUGAGUUCGCUCCAAGGAAGGUCUCAGGCCUUCCCCAUACAGACUGGGGGGCAACCUGUGGCCCCCUCCCGCCAUCCCAGGCCAUCUGCUGCCAACAUGCAGGCUCUGGGUUCCUGGGGGGAAUCUCUUAGCUGCCCCCUCCCCCGUGCCCUCAUUGGCCCUAUGCCUCCCCUCAUUAAUGAAAUCUCUGUCCUCCCUAUGGCUGCACUAAUUACUGAGUUCAUUAGUGGCCCGGCUGGGGGCCCGGAGAGGGGGUGAGCCCUCUGGGGCCACCGAGGGGUCCCUACCCCUGUGCCACACUGACAGACUGCCCUGGGCCGUGGCCACCGAGCAGAGGGUGACAGCGGCCACCCGGGUGUCCCACCCCACCCCGAACAGCCCCACCGGGGGUUCUGCACCCAGGUAAGGCAUCCACGGGGACACUCGAGUGGGGCGCAGGAGGUGGGAGCUGGGUGGCAGCGUUUGGAGGGUUUGGGGGCCAAGGAGCGGAGGGCAGAGCAGAGCCCACCCCUGUGGCACCAGGACCCCCCCUGUUUGUGGCUGACACGCCCCCUGCUCUGGGUCAGCCCGUGGCCAUCGCUGCGGGGAUCCCUGCGGGACAGGACGGUCAGGCGGGAUCUGG